GCUCGCUGGAGGACAGCGGGGUGGGUGACGAAGUCUUCCGCCGGCAUGUUGGCCCCGGGCUUUGCUUUGGGGCUGGUGCUGCCAUUACUGCUGUGGGUCGGCAUACAUUCAGGUGUUGGUUUUCACUUUGCUUCAUACUUCGAUAGUUACAUGGUGCUGCAGAAAGAGCCUGCUGGGGCAGUGAUAUGGGGCUAUGGAAUACCUGGAGCCAUGGUCACUGUGACCUUGUUCCAUGAUGAGAAAGCCAUCAUGACAAAAGUGACCAGUGUGAAAGCACCCUCUCAUGUCUGGAUGGUUAUACUGGAUCCUAUGAAGCCAGGUGGACCUUAUGAACUGGUGGCCCAUCAGACUUUGGGGAUAAUGAGAUUCACCCUAAAAAUUCAUGAUAUCUUAUUUGGAGAUGUCUGGCUUUGCAGUGGGCAGAGUAACAUGCAGAUGACCGUUUUACAGAUCUUUAAUGCUACAGAGGAGAUGUCCAACACUGAGGCCUAUCAAUCUGUCCGCCUCCUCUCCAUCUCUCUCGUUCAGUCAGAGAAGGAGCUGGAGGACCUUGAUGAGGUUGACUUGGAGUGGUCUAAGCCCACCUCAGGAAAUUUAGGCCAUGGCAAUUUCACAUAUAUGUCAGCAUUGUGCUGGCUCUUUGGGCGUUACCUGUAUGAAACCCUGAAGUAUCCAAUUGGGCUCAUCUCUUCUAGCUGGGGUGGGACUCCCAUUGAAGCCUGGUCAUCUCCAAGGUCACUGAGAACCUGUGGAGUCUAUUUGACAAGGGGCUUUCCAGAAUCUGUAACUGGUCCCAGAAAUCACUCAGUCCUCUGGAAUGCCAUGAUCCAUCCACUACACACAAUGACUCUGAAAGGGGUGAUAUGGUAUCAGGGAGAAUCCAAUAUGGACUAUUACAGGGACAAGUAUAAUUGCACGUUCCCUGCGCUCAUUGAAGACUGGCGCCAAACCUUCCAUGAUGGCUCUCAGGGUCAGACUGAACGUUUCUUCCCGUUUGGGUUUGUCCAGUUAUCUUCCUAUUUGUCACCGGAAAUAUCAGAUGAAAGAUUUCCUGAGAUCCGAUGGCACCAAACAGCAGAUUUUGGCUUUGUUCCCAACACAGUAAUGCGCAACACUUUCAUGGCUGUCACUAUGGAUCUUGGUGAUAGGGACUCACCUUUCGGCAGCAUCCACCCUCGAGACAAACAGACUGUGGCCUAUCGGCUGCACUUGGGAGCCCGUGCUGUGGCUUAUGGGGAGACGGAUGUGAUCUUUCAAGGACCACUGCCUGACAAGCUAGAAUUAUUGUCUCGUGGAGGGCUGCUCAACAUCACUUAUAACCGGCAUAUCCAGAUCUAUUUGCAGAAGCUGAGCAACAGGACAUUUGAGAUGGCAUGUUGCGUGGAACAUCGCUGCAAGUGGCUUCCAGCUGUCAUGAAAGUUUUCUCUUCCCACAUCUUGACCUUGGAUGUUUUGUCUUGUACUGCCACUGUGGCUGCUCUCCGCUAUGCCUGGUCCACAUGGCCUUGUGAAUAUAAGCAGUGUCCUCUCUAUGACUACCAUACUAAGCUGCCAGCACCUCCCUUCACUUCUUUCAUUAUAGACUAGGUUCUUGGACAUUAGUGCAGGGUUGUCCAUAACAGUUAAGCUUGCCUUUAUCCCUUAGUAUCAGCCUCUGUACUACAAUGAAUUAGAGCUCAGUGUCACUUCCUAAUUACUGGGAGUGAAAUGGCUAGUAUUUUUAUCCCUUCUAAUCCUGAACUGUGGAAUCUCCGGGUUGGAAGAAGAUUUUAAAGGCCAUGGAGGCCAGAUAGUGUUUUCAUGUGUUCUUUACAAAAUCUCUUGGCAAGUGAUUGAUUACUGAAUCUCUGUAAGAAGUUUCCAAGUUUUUCCUUAUGUUGAAGUGAAAUCUUUCUCUUAUGAAACUUUACCACUCCAUGACAGUC